CACUGCAUCAGAUGAGAAGAUCCUCACCGCCUCACACACGGCUCCGACGCUGAGAUGUUAGGAUUUUACCAGGAUCAGGAUUUUUUGUCGAUGUGAGCUUUCAUAGUUUUUGAUUUAGAAACAGCUCAUACGCUGCACAAUGCUCCAAGGCGUUUCAGAGAUAGCUGCAGUGUGCGUUGGGCUUAUCGGGCUGAUUGGGGCGGCGGCUACCACAGGGAUGCCCAUGUGGAAGGUGACAGCUUUCAUUGGAGAGAACAUAAUUGUGAUGGAAACACGCUGGGAGGGCUUGUGGAUGAACUGCUACCGGCAGGCCAACAUCAGGAUGCAAUGUAAGGUGUACGACUCACUGCUGUUCCUGCCCCCGGACUUACAGGCAGCCAGGGGUCUGAUGUGCUGUUCUCUGGCCUUGUCGGGACUGGGGCUCCUUGUGGCUCUGGCAGGAAUGCGGUGUAUUUCCUGUUUUCAGGGUAAUGAUUGGGCUAAGACCAUUAUCUUGAUGGUUGCAGGCGUUAUGCAGCUCCUGUCAUGCAUUUGUGUCUUCAUCCCCGUGUCAUGGACCGGUCACGUCAUUAUUACAGAUUUUUACAAUCCUUUGCUGAUUGAUGCCCAGAGGAGGGAGCUAGGAGAGGCUCUCUACAUCGGUUGGGUGACUGGUGCCGUCCUCUUUGCCUCAGCCAUGUUGUUCCUAUGCCGCCGAUUGCCCUCGGACAACGGCUCAUUUGAAGUGUACCCGCCGCCCAACUUCCUAGGUUACAAGCAAGCACCCAGCAGGCCAACUCUGAUAAGGUACAAUCCCAUCCCGAGUCUUUCAAGCCUCCGAUCGACUGCAUACCAUCCUUCUCUGCUGACCAAUGGCUCCAUUGGACCGCAACUUGCAAUGCCACUGGAAACUGUCCCUCAAGUUAUGACAAAUGAUGGAGCACUAAUCAACCUUCCUGUUGCCUAUAACCCAGGUCUACCUGAAAAUGCGUCAUUGUUCUAUCCGGGUAGCAGGCAUCACCAUUCCUCCAUGCGGAGUUCUAACCAUGUUGGAAGCAUGUAUGCUCCAGGAAACUCCUUGUACAUGAGUCAAAACACCAAACCAUAUUCACUGAAUUAUAACGGCAAUACCUCCGCGUCCUACCAGUCUAGCUUUCAUCCAGUUCCACACUCUCCUAUUUUCAUUGGAUAUCAUGGGUCAAUAAUUCAACCAGAGUCUUACAGUGGGAGCAGUACUGGUGUAUACAUAUAGAACAAAAUCACGAGUGGGUUUUUGUAGCCGAUUUAUCUAUAGAGGAACAAAUCUUUUUAUACUUUAAUAUUCCAGCAUCACAAGCAAAUGUAAACUGCUGUACAUUAGCUGCAAGGUGAAGGUAAAUUAUAUCUGUUUAUGUAAGGAUUAUCUCGAUGCUCAGACUAAUUAGUGUGUUCAGAUUUUUUUCUACUCUUAAUACCCUUGUCAUUUUUAUUGUGCAAUAAAUACAUGGGCUGUGUGAACAUGUUGAACAUAACUGUUUCUGUUAAUGUAAGCAAAGGUAACAAAACCCCUGGAUUUAUGAGAAAUCAUCUGUUUAGAACUUCGUAGACUAAAGCUUUGAAACCAUUAUAAAUUUCAAUAUGCUGUACUUUUAUUGUACAUGUUACAGUGUGGUAUGUUUUUCAAUGUCGUUCAUUACCAAGAUGUCCAUUCACCUCUUCAAAUAGAAGUGAAAACAGAAUAGAACUGCUUCUUUAUAGUUUGUUCUAGUACUACUAUGAUCAUUAAAUGUGUCAAAUGUGUCACAUUUAGUUUGAAGAAUGCAACAACUUAGGGUGGACUGAGAGGCUUCAUAAUCUCCGAUGUACUGGUAACCUGUCAAGUAAGUUUCCCUCCAUGUUGCCAAAUGCCUGCUGCUAGGACAGGCUUUUGUGACAUUAUAAAGAAUUACACAGUGAUGUUGGCGCUGAUGUUGAACUAGUGUAUGGAAUUGUUUGAAUAUAUGUGUAAAUUUCUAUUGUAUCAACAGCAGAAAUACUUAAUGUGUUGUGAUUAUUGCUCAAACUUCCCAACGAAGGGGCACUGACCCAAUCUCAGACGCUCUCAAUAUUCACCACUAGAUGACGCCAGAGAACGUGAUGAGUGUCCUAGACCCCAAACAGAGAGUGCAAUCUUUCCCACUCACACUGCAGGGGUCCGAGGAUUAAUGCCCUCCUCCCCCUGAAUUUCAUUAGCUGAAGUUUUAAUUGGAGAGCUUCCUAUUAAGGCAAUUAAUCGAAAAACAUUAGGAUCUGGUUUAAACUACAAACUAUAAAGGCAAACGAUAAGC